AUGGAUGAGAUACUGAAGUACAGUUUGGACGAUGCUGAUGAUUACUACAAGUUAUUGGGAUGUGAUGAGCUGUCUUCGGUUGAACAAAUACUUGCAGAAUUUAAGAUCAGAGCCCUGGAAUGUCACCCUGACAAGCAUCCGGAAAAUACCAAAGCUGUGGAGACCUUCCAGAAGCUGCAGAAGGCAAAGGAGGUACUGACCAAUGAAGAGAGCCGAGCUCGCUAUGACCACUGGCGAAGGAACCAGAUGAGCAUUCCGUUCCAGCAGUGGGAAGCUCUGAGCGACUCAGUGAAAACGUCAAUGCAUUGGGCUGUCAGAAGUAAAAAAGACCUAAUGCUGGAAGAAUCUGACCAGACUCAUAUCUGCAAGAUUGCAAAGGACUGGAACGAGCAGAGAGAAAUAAAUAGAGAAGAGAUUGGUUCAACCAUGGAGAGAACAGAGCACAAAGAAUCCGAUUCCCCGGACAAGUCCUUCUCCCAUCCAGAUUCUACAGGCUUUUCAGAUGUGAACUCUUGCCACCUGCGUUUCCGAUGGUCUGGGGACACUCCUUCAGAUCUCCUGAGAAAAUUUAGAAACUAUGAAAUAUGA